AUGUGCUUUGCUGAAAUCGAUCUCUCUUAUGUCGCCGAAGUUCGGGAGUUGCAGCCACUGUUCGCUCAACGACGAUCUGAUCUCUACACAUUACACGUGAAUGAGGAGGAUGACGAAAGUUCUCCGUUGAUAUUUGGUGAGACUGCGAUCGCCGCCGAAUUAGUAUUCUACCGAUCAGCUCUUUCGUUUGCGUUCAUCAACGCGAAAUCUUCUUUGAAUGGAUAUGUGUUAGUAUGCCCAAAGCGUAAAUGUAACCAACUGGCUGACCUUUCCGAUGCCGAGACUGCAGAUUUGUUCAUUGUUUGUAAGAAGGUCCGGAAAAUGAUUGAAAAGGCAAGUUUUGCAUUCCUAACUAAACUUUAUCUUUAG